AUGUACCUGAUAUACGUCUACCAAACCGCGCAAGCGGAUGAAGUAGGUCUGGGUCGCGUCACGGGGGCGAGCACUGCUAUUGCCUGCCAUUUCUUUCUUGCAGGCCGCCCCUCAGCAACGGAGCACCCAGCAUGCAACCUCGUUCGGGACCUGGGCAGGCGCACACUGCAUGGGAAGAAGUUGCAACCAGAGCAUGUCCGCAUGUUGGCUGCUCACUUCGCUGGGCCGGAUGCAUCACUGCCAGACCUGAUGAGGGUAGCGGCCAUAUCGGUCAUGUUCGCGGGUUUCCUGAGGUCCAACGACCUAGCCCACAUUUCCCUCAAGCACGACCUGCUCACCCUGCACGACACUCACAUGGCCAUUACACUGCCGAGGUCCAAAAUGGACCAGGAGGGCAAAGAGCAGACCGUACAGAUCACGUGCAUGAGGGGCGUGGCUUGGCCAGUGGGCUUGACAGAGAGGCUGCUGGCGCUUGGUAACCAGUGUUUUUCUUUUCAAUUUUGCCGGUGA